UAGUUCUUCAUUUCUCAUGCACACUAGAAAUACUAAACAUCUUCCUAGCUAGCGAUCACAUGGCAAACACGGUCUACUUUGUCUCUCUUUUCCUUGUCUUCAACAUGAUAAUUUUCUUUCCGCCGCCUUCAAAUGCUAUCUCUUCAUGCAACGGCCCAUGCAGGACUGAAAAUGACUGUUCCGGCCAACUCAUUUGCAUCAAUGGCAAAUGCAACGACGACCCAGAAGUUGGAACCCACACUUGCUCAGGAAGCAACCCUGCGCCGCCUUCAAACGGUGAUUGCAAGCCGUACGGAACCCUUAGAUGCAACGGAAAAUCAUACCCCAAGUACUCAUGUUCUCCACCAGUCACUUCCUCAACAAAGGCUAGUCUAACUCUGAAUGAUUUCAGUAAAGGCGGCGAUGGUGGUGGUCCAUCUGAGUGUGACGAUAAGUACCACGAGAAGACAGAGCGUGUGGUGGCGCUUUCGACUGGGUGGUAUGCCGGAGGAACAAGGUGUGGGAAGAUGGUAAGAAUUACAGCUGGAAAUGGAAGGAGUGUGUUAGCAAAAGUGGUUGAUGAAUGUGACUCGAGGAAUGGGUGCGACAGUGAACAUGCAGGGCAGCCACCUUGUCACAAUAACAUUGUAGAUGGGUCUGAUGCGGUUUGGGAAGCUCUGGGGCUGAAUAAAGAUUUGGGUGUUGUGGAUGUUACUUGGUCAAUGGCCUAGCUAGUUAAGGACUCGUUUGGUUAGUUUAACAACGAAAUGAUGACCCCACCUUGAAAUUACAUUCUCGUUAGGUUGUCAUUUAGUUACAAUAAAAGAAGAAAGAAGAAGAAUAAAACGACAAUCAAGUUAAUGUUGUCUAGCUUGCA